AUGAAGAAGUUCGGUUUCGGCAAGAAGGGCGGCGACGACGGCGAUGAUGCCAACCGCUCGGCUCUCUUCGGUCGCAAGAGCAAAUCCCCGGCCUCGGGUAACGAAAACCCUUACGCUCAGGCCCCCGCCGGCAACGACCCUUACGCUCAGGAUGGAAACAAGUUCGCCGGGAUGACGCCCUACCAGCAGGCGCGAGUAGGUGCAGGUGCCGGUGCUCCUGGAGGUCUCCCCGGCGGCCCUCGAGCUGGCGCCGGAUACGGCGCUCCCCCUCCGGCUGCUGGCGGUUACGGCGCCGAGAAGUACGGAGCUGCGAGCGGCUACGGGGCAAACCGGUACGACAACAACCAAAAUGCUUACGGUUCGAGCCAGCGACCAGGCGCCGCUGCUGCUGGAGCCCGCGGGCCUGGCGGUUAUGGGGGCUUGGGCCGGACCAACAGCAACGAUACCGACGCCGUGCGCGACGAGCUAUUUAGCGGUGCGCAGGGCAGACAACAACAGAACAAGCCUCAGGCUGGGGGUUACGGCCAGUCUGCCGUCCCUGGAGAGGAUGGAGGAUAUGGCGGCUAUGGAGCUCCUCGUGAGCUCACGGCCGAGGAGCAGGAGGCCGAGGAGUACCGCGCCACCAAGCAACAGAUCAACGAGGUCAGACAAGAGUCUGUUCAAACUGUCAACAGAGCUCUGCAAGCCGCCAUGCAGGCGGAAGAGACCGGUCGAGCAACCCUCGCCCGAUUGGGCGCCCAAGGCGAACGCUUGCACAACACGGAGAAGAACCUCGAUAUGGCGACGAACCACAACAAGGUCGCAGAGGACCGGGCGAAAGAGCUCAAGACACUCAACAGGAGUAUGUUCGCCGUUCAUGUCAGCAACCCAUUCACAUCAAAGUCGCGUGCAGCGGAGCGUGACGCAGCUGUCCUCGAACGACACCGCCUCGAACGUGAGACCCGCGAAGCGACCAGACAUGAUGCCUUCAAGUCCAACCAACGACUUGAGGAGAGCUUCAAGGACUUGACUCUUUCCGGUCGGCCGCAGCCCAAGGCAAAGGCCAGCGCAGCUGAGCGAUCCAAAUAUGUCCUCGACGAUAGUGACGACGAGGGCAAUGAACUCGCUCAACGGCAAGAGGAUCAGAUUGAUGACGGCCUUGAUCAACUGAGUGGUGCCGUUGGACGUCUCAACGGCCUCGCCAGGGCUCAGAUGAGAGAGGUUGACCAACAAAACGUUUUGAUCAAUAAGAUUGGUGAAAAGAGCGACGCUGUCGAUGACGGAGUCAGAAUGAACAGAGAACGCCUGAACCGCAUCAGAUAG